CGAUGUCCUAAAUCCAAACAUAAAUUUGUCCACCGUGACAAAUUCCACGUCAGCUUCCGUAACUUUCUCUUCGGACUUUUUAGUCAUGGGGACUUCCGCUCUCCGUCCAACGACCUCUCUCCGGAGCCGGCGACGUAUCGGGCGCGACUGACACUGGCCCCAGGGCACGUGCGGUGGCGCUAUCCGGCGGCCAAAUCGUGAGCUCGGAGAAUCUUCGCGUUGUCUUCGAGGCCGUUGGCCUAUCAGAUCGAGACUUGAGUUAUCUGGAAAAUUUCAACUUGGGCACGCCAUUGAAAAUACCAUGAUCCAACUCCAAGAUACUCGAAUGGGAAGGAGAGAAACUAAAGACCAAUUAAAGGAAGGAAUGUAUUGUGGAAGCAGUUAAUUUUGCACUAGUAUAAUCAGUGUACACGAUCAUAUGAACUGUAUGAAAACUUCGUAUGAGUUGAUGGGUUUCCAAAGGUUGCGUCUUAUUAUGUGAUUGUUUUGCUAGCUCCCUCCUCUUUGUAGAGAUGGAUGAAGUUUCGCUUGAUGCUGAGCCAGUUGGCAAUGAUGGAAGCCGAGGAACUUGAGAUUGUGGGAGACUCUGCAAUGACUGAAUUAGUUGGUCAGACUAGUGUAAUUCAAGGAGAGAACCCCGUGCCUCCUGCUGUCGGGAUGGAAUUCGAGACCUAUGAUGAUGUAUAUUACUUCUACAGUUGCUACGCUAAGGAACAUGGGUUUGGGGUUAGAGUAAGCAAUACGUGGUACAGGAAGGGUAAGGAGAGAUAUAGAGGAAAAUUGAGCUGCAGUAGUGCAGGUUUCAAGAAGAAAAGCGGGGCGAACCGCCCGAGACCAGAAACAAGAACCGGGUGUCCAGCGAUGAUAAAGUUCCGGUUGAUGGACAAUACGAGGUGGAGAAUCAUCGAGGUUGAGCUCGAGCACAACCACUUAAUCAGCCCAACCAGUGGGAAAUCCUACAAAUCACGAAAGAUCAUGGGUGUUGGGACCAAGAGGCCAUUAGAGUUUGAAGGUCCUGAGGAAGUAGAAGCGGUCAAAUUGUUUCAGACUGUCAUCAUACAUGCCAAGGGUGGGGAGUUAGCUGCUGAUGAUGGUGACCUUAGAAAGAAUCCUGACCUGUCCAAUCAAAUGAAGCUACGAAAAGGAGAUGCUCAAGCUGCUCUUGAUUUCUUCUGUCAGAUGCAGCUCAUGGAUCCUAAUUUCUUUUACGUGGCAGACCUCAAUGAAAGAGGAUUCCUGAGAAACUUGUUUUGGGCUGGUGCGAGGUCCAGGGUCGCUUAUCGCUACUUUGGCGAUGUAGUUGCGAUUGACACGACAUUUUUCGGACAAGAAUUUGAUGUCUUGCUGGUCUCGUUUAUUGGGGUGAAUCACCAUGGGCAACCUGUACUGUUGGGUUGCGGUUUGUUAGCAGGUGAGACUGUCGAGUCGUACGUAUGGCUGCUUAGGGCUUGGCUCACGUGUAUGCUCGGACGGCCUCCCCAAACUCUCAUUUCCGAUCAAUGUAAAGCCUUGCAAGCUGCUGUCUCUGAUGUGUUCCCCAGAGCUUCUCAUUGCAUAGAUUUGACAAAGGUCAUGAGAAGAAUCUCUGAGAGAUCGGGAAAAAUAAACCAACAUGAAGCCAUUAAAGCUGCAAUAUACAGAGCAGUUUGCCUUUCCCAGAGGGCUGAAGAAUUUGAAGCGGCUUGGCUGGAUAUCAUCCAUGAGCAUGGGCUCGAGGAUCACGAAUGGCUCCAGAAUUUAUAUGAAGAUAGGAACCGGUGGGUCCCAGUCUACUUGAAGGAGACCUUUUUGGCAGGAAUGUUGCUUUCUAUCAAGCAAAAUGAAGACGCAACUUCAUUUUUCGAGGGAUAUAUAGGGAACUGCACCUCUUUAAAGGAAUUCCUGGACAAGUAUGAUCAAGCAAUGCAAAGGAGUCACCAGCUCGAAUCACUGGCCGAUCUAGAUUCAAGAAAUUCAAGUUCUGUGCUAAAUUCGAGGUGUAAUUAUGAGUUGCAGCUCUCAAAAUCGUAUGCUAGCUACAUCUUCAUGAAGUUCCAAAAAGAGGUAGAAGGAAUGUAUUCUUGUUUCGGCACAAGACAGGUAAAUGUAGACGGGCAAGUCACGGCUUAUUCAGUUCAAGAGCACGUCCAGCUUGAGGAUGGUCGGAGGGAAGCAAGAGAUCUUGAGGUUUUGUUCAACGGAUCUGAAAUGGAGGUUUUCUGUGCUUGCGGGUUAUUCAACCUGAGAGGAUAUCUGUGCAGGCACGCGCUGUAUGUCCUCGACCAAAACAGGGUAGAAGAGGUCCCGCCUCAAUACGUGCUGUCACGCUGGAGGAAGGAUAUCAAGCGCAGCUACGUCCUCGACCAGAGAUCUGCAGGGAUCGACGUCGACAACCCAGUUCACCGGCAUGAGCAUUUGCACAAAUGCAUCCUGCAGGUCAUGGAUGAAGCUAGGAAGUCGCAAGACCGCUAUAAGGUGGCACUGCGGGUGUUGGAUGAGAUGCUGAACAAGUUCCAUCUCUCGGAAAAUCACCCGGAAUGACUGUUUGUUGAUCGAGACCUCGGAAUCCUGCGCGGACUGGAGGUCUCUGUAGCAUGCAAAGCCGACAUCAUGUUCACUGCUGAGAUCUGCAUACGAGACAACAACAUUAAGGUGGAGCAUGGGCGUUUCCUCGUCAUGAAGCCAAGGUGAUACAUACAUACAUCCAUCAACCAUUUGUUAAAAGAAAGAGGACGAUCGCGUAUCGCCUCGA